CCGAAAGAUGCCCAACCUGAAGAGAAAACUCCGUCGAUUUGGUCUGGUUUCUACAACAAGACACUCCGAGAACGCAUGGAUGUCCUGUCGCUGAUGUAUCCGUCGGCUGUGCCCCGUCGAUCCAGUGAUACCGGCGACUUGCAAGGGUCGCCCCAGCGCGCUCCACGCAAGUCCAGCCUUGGACAAGUUCCCAGCUUGAGUUUGAAUGCCGAUGAGAUCGGACAUCUGCCAUCGCGAACGGCUAACCUCAUGAUUGAGAAUUGCAUUGGAGUACUUGGGAUUCCAUUGGGGCUUGGUCUCAACUUUAUCAUCGACGGUACGCCCUACUCUGUGCCGAUGGCUGUGGAGGAACCGUCGGUUGUGGCUGCUGCGUCGAGCGCUGCCAAACUAGUUGCCUCGCAUGGGGGCUUCCGCACGGCGACUUCAGGCAAUGUCAUGACGUCGCAAAUUCAAUUGGUCGACAUCAAAGACAUUCCCGCAGCCAUGCAAGCAAUCCACGAUCACCGGAAGUCUCUGAUCGAAUACGCCAACACGCACUUGUGUGGUAACAUGGCGCGUCGCGGUGGCGGAGUCGUACACAUCUAUCCCCGCCUCGUACAAGACCCCUCGACAUUAGACUCAACCGAUGGCUGGUACGCCGCCGCGGCCGACGAACUCCGCAUCACGGCUUCCGGCUCCACCCCGUUCAUCGUGGUGCACAUUGACGUUGACGUCUGCGAAGCCAUGGGCGCGAACAUCGUCAACACAAUCGCUGAGGGCUUGUCUAGCCAGGUGGCUGCUUUGACCAACAGCCGCGCAGGUCUUCGUAUUCUGACAAAUUUGUGCACGGCCCGCCGCGCGCGUGCGUCGUUUUCGAUCCCCGUGGCGUCCAUGGGGUGGAAGGGCACUGAAGGCAGUGUCGUGGCCCAGCGCAUUCUCGAGGCCAAUGAUUUUGCCAUUCGCGAUCCGUACCGAGCUGUUACCAACAACAAGGGAAUUUUGAACGGCAUCGAUGCGGCGGCCGUGGCGACGGGCCAAGACUGGAGAGCUAUCGAGGCCUCUGCCCACUGCUUUGCUAGCCGCACCGGGCGAUAUACCAGUCUCUCCCAGUACCGAAUUGAAGACGGCUUCCUCCAUGGCUAUCUCGAGCUGCCUCUGUCGGUUGGUUCAAAAGGUGGUGCUCUGCAAACCCAUCCAGGUUACGCCUCGACGCACGCGAUCCUCGGUCGCCCCACGGCCCAACAGCUCAGUGGCAUUUUGGUCAGCGUUGGUUUGGCCCAGAACUUUGCUGCCAUUCGCGCCUUAGCCAUCACGGGGAUCAACCAAGGCCACAUGGCUCUGCAUGCGCGCAACAUUGCCGUGGCCGCCGGCGCCCCCAACGAGCUCGUCACCGAACUCUGUGCGUACAUGCUCGCGCGAGGCAGCAUUAACGUCGAGACGGCGAAGGCAUACUUGAAGGCACACGCGGUCUACCACGACAUCAUUCAGUCAGAUGCUCCUCAGCUCGAGAAGAAGCGCCAGCCCAGCAUGCUCUACGUCGAAAUCAACGUUCCAGGACUGGCAAAACCCGUCAGCGUGAACCUAGCCUUCCUGUCAGUGCGUGGGGACAUUCCCCAGACCAUCGUGGUCUCCAAGUUGAAAACAAGCUCGAGCCAGCCGACCUCCAUGCACGCGCAGUUGCUCGGGGACAAGGGCUAUGUUCAACUGGAGCGAAUGUUCAUGUUUCUCGCGACGAUGCGUGUCGUUGUGGGGUCGGACAAGGAGCGUACGAAUCUCGAGUUGCAGAACAAGUUGCUCCUCUUGUCGAUUCUGAUCAACUUGGUCAUGUACCAACUCAUGAAGAAAGACAAAAAAUCGUGCCAGGCGUUUGCAAACCAACUCGUGGUCCACGGGAUGGACGUGAAAACUGCGACGGGAAGCGAACACUGGACGGAAGCGUUUUUUGCGACGCAGGACGACCCAGUCCUGAGCACGGGGCUGCCUUUGCUGCUUGCGCUAUGGCAGGUGUUCCAUUACCACAUUGAACAAGAAGUGGCCAACCCGAUCCUCCAGCAAGCGCUGGUCGCUGAACAGGCUGCUCUCGUCGACUCGAUUGCCAACUGGCAGUCGCCACAACGCUCGAACGACGCCGCGGCCAGCUUCGUCGAGUACAUGGAGAAGCAUGCGAAACGGUGGCAAGCCACGAUGUUCUUGCUCGUGGAUUGUCUUGCGCUCGACAACCAGAGCCUCACUCCUGCGCGUCUUGACUUUGUCAAGCAAGCCGGCCGUUACAUUGAAUGGCAGGGCACGGUCGCCCACGACUUGGCGCGAUUUGAACGGGCUUACGUCGAUCCCGAAGAGCGUAAUGUGUGCGUGUGGUUCAAAUCUCAUGUCUACCCCGACUGCACCAUGGACGAAGCGUCCGUCGCCUUCACCAAGCUAUCCAAAGACAACGCUGCUGCGCAAUGGUCCUCCCUCGAGCACCUCAACAAGACCCAUGAGGAAAAAGUAGUGCACUUGGCAGCCCUCGAGAGCGUGGUCAAGACGAUUGUGUUGCAUUAUGGAGAUGACGCGAGCAAGUCGCGCAAGCUCUCGUUCUAAGGCGUUGUCGAUGACUCCAACACGACGUGGGCAAUCGUAUAGCUGCCGUCGUGGCUCAGCGAAACAUGCGCGGCCUAUACGAGUUGUUGAAUCGACUGUAUAUAAUCAUAGAGAACUAUCUGGUUUCACCGUGA